AUGCUCCUGCUCCUCCACCUCCUGGGACAGGUCGCUGCGGCUGAGCGUUGCCCCUCCUCGUGCCCGGCCACGUGCCCCCCAAAGCCUCCGACCUGCGCCCCUGGGGUGAGAGCGGUGCUGGACGACUGCUCCUGCUGCCUCGUGUGCGCUCGGCAGCGCGGCGAGAGCUGUUCGGUGCUGCUGCCAUGCGAGGAGAGCCGCGGCCUCUUCUGCGACCGCAGAGCGGACCCCAGCGCCCAGACUGGCAUCUGCAUGGCGGUAGAAGGAGACAACUGUGUGUUCGAUGGAGUCAUCUACCAGAGUGGGGAGACCUUCCAGCCAAGUUGCAAAUACCAGUGCGCCUGCCAAGAUGGACAGGUUGGCUGUGUGCCCCGCUGUGAAGAGGACUUGCUACUGCCCCAGCCCGACUGCCCAGCUCCCAGAAAAGUUAAAGUGCCAGGGGAGUGCUGUGAAAAGUGGAUCUGUGACACCAAAGAGACGGGGACAUUAGGGGGCCUCCAGACCCUUCCAGCCUACAGGCCAGAAGCCACUCUAGGAGUUGCAGUCUCGGACUCCAGUAUCAACUGCAUCGAACAGACCACAGAGUGGAGUGCAUGUUCCAAGAGCUGUGGCAUGGGUUUUUCCACCCGAGUCACCAACAGGAAUCCUCACUGUGAAAUGGUGAAGCAGACCCGGCUCUGCAUGGUGCGGCCCUGUGACCAAGAGCACAGGCAGCCAACAGACAAGAAAGGAAAAAAGUGUCUCCGUAGCAUCAAGUCACUCAAAGCCAUCCACCUGCAGUUUGAGAACUGCACGAGCCUGCACACCUACAAGCCCAGGUUCUGUGGGAUCUGUAGUGAUGGCCGAUGCUGCACUCCCCACAACACCAAAACCAUCCAGGUGGAGUUCCAGUGCUCCCCAGGGCAGAUCCUCAAGAAGCCAGUGAUGGUCAUCGGGACCUGCACCUGUCACAACAACUGUCCUCACAGCAACUCGUCUUUCCUCUAAGACUUAAAGCCAAACACCAGCAGAGGGAAGAUGUAACAUGUCCCUUGAGAAGCUCACCUACAGAAGCAAACUGCAGCCACCCACCAUCAAAUGAAUAUAAGGAAAAUUAUGAAGAAUUAUUAUCCUCCUCUGAGUCUCAUGUAUUUUCUGUGGUCAUACGAGGUCAGUUAUAUCUGUCUUUUUUUCUUCAUGAAGGAUAUGAUUAACUGUAAACCUGGAAUCAAGGUAAGCUCAGGAGAGUACUUAGGGAUGACUUUUUCUUUUACAUGUUUACUACUCACAUUUACUACACAUUUACUACAUGUGAAAACUUCUAUAAAUUUCAGAAAUCAGAUACACAUCUGUGUAAACAGUAUCACAUUGUGCUUAUUUUGUUACACACUUGUGAAAUCUCAAGAAAAGGUCACUGUAGUGAAUGACAUGGUGAAGUCCAAGGUUAUACUGAGAGUAUUGUCAUAUAAAUAUUUCACCAUAGAUUGAGGAUUGACCUAAGGGUUCUCUGUGGAGCACUCUUUUUCAGUGACUCAACUCUCAACUUUAAAUUCUGAGAUCUGAUGAAACAUAUAGUUCUCCAACUUGAAAUCUGUUUUCUGUGUACAUGGGAAACAAGCUAUAUCUACGAAAAUGGAAGCUUAUUAAUUAAGUGCACUGGUGUCAUAAACUGGCUCCAUUUCAGACAAGUUGACUCCUUUCCAAAAGAAAGAAGCUAAACAGAAAAUUACCCCUUAUACAGAGAUGACCAGCCUCUCUCAGCCCUCAGACAUUUGUAUGUGUCUGGAGGUUCCUGGGGAUCACUAAUUUUUUAAUUCAGAAGAAGCAGAACACAUCAGCAGGGGUCCUCUUACGUGACCAAUGAAUAAACUGAGGCCCAAAGCAUCUGAUUACAACUUUUGAUAACUUUCAAAUAUGCUGGUAGUGGAAUUUUGAAAAAGAAAAACAAAAUCGACAUGACUGCAGUAGCGAGAUACCACAAACUCCAUGGUGGUUCAGAAUUAUUGUACAGAUGCCCCAAACUUAUCCUUGGGUCUUAGUUAGGCAAACUCAUGAACAAGAUAUAUGCAUCUACAUAUGUUUAUCUAACUUGUCAGGCUAUAAGAUAGACUGCAAACUUAAAUGUAUACAUUCUUCUAUUGUCACCCUAUGUGUUCAGCUUUUCUCCUUUAAAGUAUUUAUAUAAAUAUAAAUUAUACAUUUUUUAAAAUAUUCUUUUUUACUUUCGCUACCUGUUGGACAUUACUAAAUAAAAAUUAUCUUAUCAAAGUGUGA